UAUUAAUUCACUGCCGAGGCAGGGGUUGGGGUGGGGGAGGAAAACGAACUGGAUGCGUUGGGUAGGGUCGCGCCUGGGGAAAACCCGCCAUCUAGGCCCCGAGAGUCCUGUCUUCCCAGGAAAGCCUGCCAGGGCAGCAGUGCGCCCGAGGCUCCUGUGCUUAUAGCAGAGCCCCAUGGAAAUCUGAUGCACAAACCAGAGGCUGGAGUCGCUCCUGCAGCUCCCGAGUCCAGGACAGACGCGGGAGCGGGGAAGAAAGAGAACAGAUCAUGAGGUCAGUGUGGGCCUCACUCCCCCGCCGCCGCUGGCUGUUUCUGGCGAUGCUCUUUCUUGAGGCUGUGGGUGAAGACCUACUGUUUGAUCCUGACUGGGGCUUUGACUCCUAUGAAAUCACCGUUCCUAAAGUAUUAAGCUUUAGGAAAGGGGUGAAGGGUGUAGACAGUUCUUUGUCAUACCUCUUACAGAUAGAAGGCAAGGAGCACGUGGUUCACCUGCGGCCCAAGAAGUUACUGUUGCCUAGACAUCUGACAGUUUUCUCCUUCACCCAAGAGGGUAGUCUGAUAGAGGAUUACCCACACAUACCAGACCAGUGUAAUUACGUGGGCUCCGUGGAAGGCUCUCAGGAAUCCGAAUCUACUCUGAGUACGUGCAUGGGGGGUCUGCGAGGCGUCUUGAACAUUGACUCCAGAUACUACCAAAUCGAGCCCCUCAGUGCCUCUUCCAGUUUCGAACAUGUGGUGUAUCUCGUAACUGAGGGCAACGUUAACAAUGAGACUUGUGGUGUGGUUGAUAAAGCAACAGAUGGACAAACAGCAGAGGAAGAAGAGAUGGCUAGGAUAAGUAACUUUCAUGAGUCCUACAAGCACCAGAGAUACUUAGAAUUGGUCAUGGUCUUUGACGUGAGUAGAUUUGUGUUUACCCGUGGCAAUAUGUCUAGAAUGGUGGAUGACGCCAUCCUUUUGGCUUCAAUUGCGGAUACCUACUUUCAGGAUGUCAGCUUGAAGAUCCAACUGAAAGCACUUGAAGUCUGGACACAUUAUAACAAAAUACAUCUUUACUAUUCCAAAUUAUCUGAAGUUUUAGGUCAAUUCGUGUUUUACAAAAGAGACUCACUGCAUCACCGACUUCCCUCAGACUGGGUCCAUUUAUACAUUGCGAGAAGAUAUCAAGAUGCUACUGCAUGGUCCUGGGGAAGAGCAUGUGAAGAAUACCAUGCCGGAUCAGUAAGCAGCUUUCUAAAUGUUAAUCUCCUUGGACCUGCUACUUGGACUGCUCAUGAAAUCGGCCAUUGUGUGGGGAUGAUCCAUGAUGAUGAAUUCUGUCAGUGCCGAGGGAGGAAGAGCUGCGUCAUGGGGACAGGACGUACAGGGUUUAGUAACUGUAGUUACCAUCAGUAUUUUUUACACGCAUCUUAUAAAAUGUCCUAUUGUCUAUCUGACAUCCCAAAGCUGCAUAUAGUAGAGAGGUGUGGAAAUAAAAUUGUGGAAAACCAAGAGGAAUGUGACUGUGGUUCCAGAGAAGAUUGCAAAGAGGACUUGUGCUGUGGGCCAGACUGUAAAUGGAAAGAAGGUGUCAACUGCUCCUCUGGGCUUUGCUGUCAUAAGUGUAACUUCCUUCCAGCAGGACAUGUGUGUAGGAAGGAAGCCAAUGAAUGUGACCUUGCAGAAUACUGUGAUGGGAUCUCGGGGUUUUGUCCAGAUGACUAUUACAAGCAGGAUGGAACCCCAUGCAGGAACGGGGGCUUUUGCUUCCAAAAGGGAUGCAGAUCCAGGUCUUUGCAGUGCCAGGCCAUUUUUGGGCGUAGAGCCAAGGAGGCUCCUCCCCAGUGUUACCAUGCCGUUAACAUGGUAGGUGACCCGUCCGGGAACUGUGGCAUUGAAAAUGCUACUCGAUACACGAUGUGUCAUAGAGGCAACACAAUCUGUGGCCGGCUACAGUGUAUAAAUGUUAGAACCCUCUCCAAAUUUCCAGAUCACACCAUUAUCCUGUCCACCUAUCUGAGGAGUGACAAUCUCAUUUGCUGGGGCACAAGCUAUCAUGGAACCAUGAUACCCCAUGGGGUACCUGACAUAGGUGACAUUAAUGAUGGUACCUCCUGUGGUCAUAAUCGGGUGUGUCUCAACAGGACCUGUGUUGACUACACUAUCCUGAACUUCGACUGCUUGCCUAGCAAGUGCAAUGGCCGAGGUGUUUGCAACAACAGGAAGAAUUGCCAUUGCACAUAUGGCUGGGAACCCCCAUCCUGUGUAAAAAUAGGAUAUGGUGGGAGCCUUGACAGUGGGCCUCCUGGACUCAGGGCAGAAGUACUUUCAACGUCUUACACUCUGUACAUGUUGCGCACUAUUUUAUUCAUCUGCUCGGUGAUUGCUGUGUGGUUUGGGCAACUGGUGAAAAAUUUGUGUAAGCGCCGGCAAAAAACCCCAGCCGAGACUCAGGGGAAGAAGAAGUGAGAGGGAGGGGAUGGGAGGCAAGGAGGGAGUGGGGACUGUGAUCAGGAUGUAAAGUAAAUACACUAAUGAGUGAAUGAAAAAAUAAUCCCUUUGUUUUGUAUUCACACAAGGGUGACUUGGGCACCUUGAGGGGCAUUUUUGCAUUUGUGGCUCAUGUUGAAGUCCUACUAGCUGCAGUACCUUGUAGUGGGUCUUUCAGGAUCCUCCAGUUAAGUGAUGACACAGAGACUUAGAAUUUGUAUGAUAGCUCAGGCCUUUAGCUGGACAGACGCUGCACUAGCUCAGUCUAAAUUGAUGUGACUAUCCUUGCCCAUGACCUGCCACGUGCCUAGUUACCUCUUAGUGUCGGUUCACAUCCGGGCCACCUCUGUGUCCCGCUGUGUCUGUACUUCUAGUGUUUUUCUCCCAGAGACCCUAUCUCAUUCAGCUCAGAAGUUCUGCCUUUUCCCCUCUUUGCCUAGCUGUUAGCCAUCAGCUCUUUAUUAAGCCAACCGACAAGUGUGGAAGGUGAAUGUUUAUGAAGUAGAAGGCAGAUGAUGAGCCAUAAGAAUAACAGUUCUCAGCUCUCUUGCUGGCACAGUAAUUCAUGGUUGGAUACACAGAGACAGCUUUCACACAGUGCACCCCUACAAUACAUUGCUCUUGCUUGGGGGUCCUUAUUUAAGUACCUGAUCAGUGCAGAGCUGGGUCAUGACAAUAAUUUGAGAUUCCCAUGCUUAUCCCUGAUGCAACUCCUAGGCUUCCUUCUCAAAAACAAAGCUAUAAAAACUCCCUAGGAGCAGAGUGUAACAGAGUGUGGUUAAAUCUGUACCACACACUCCUUCCUGAUAUUAGUGUAAUUUACUCACAUCAUCUUUACUUAAGCCACCCUUAAGACCAUCAAAAUAUAAAAGAUGAUUCAAAUGUUAAAAAAAAAAAAAAGAAGCAAAACCAAAAAUAAAACAAAACAAAAACAGCCAAGACUCUUAUCUAAAGCAAAGAAUGUCAGGUCACAAAUGUCGUCCCUUCAGUGAGACUUUCUGUCAUGUUUCUUCUGGUGGGGACAGCCAGUUCUGUCUGCCACUGUGUGUUUCGGAUGUGGUGAGCAUUGAUGGGUCCACUCUCCCAAACUAUCAUAGCACCUGUAUUCUGUACAGCCUACAGAAGAUGUCAGCCCUCAGCAGUCUCUUAGCAUGGCUGCUAACAAAAAAUAAUGUUGGCUGCAUGGUUUGGGGCACUUUUGUUUUGUAUGUCAACUUGACAGAAGUGGAAACUCUCUGUGAAGAAGGACCCUCUAUUGAGAAAAUGUCUCAGUCAGAUUGGCCUGGAUGUAAGUCUGGGGAGCAUUUUCCUGAUUCAUGAUUGCUGUGGUAGGACCCAGCCCAGUGUGGGUGGUGCCACUCCUGGUCAGGUGGUCCUGGGUGCUAUGAAAAAACAAACUGAGCAAGUCCUGAGGAGGAAGCCAGUAAGCAGCGCUCCCCCAUGGUCUUUCAAGGUGCCUACCUUGGAGUUCUUGCCUUGAUUUCCCUUCGUGAUGGACUGUAAAAUGUACACUGAAUAAAUCCUCUCCUUCCCAAA